CUGACUUAUUUACCGGAUUCAACGGUAGUAAUAAAAUCCAGCUCAUAUCCGGUAUCCCCAUUACGCCAUUAUACUGCUACUUUCUAUUAACGGAUCUACAAUCAGAUAUUUCUAGGGUUUCCUCAGAUCGCAGGCAUCGAAAAUCAUAAAUCUGUGAUUCUAUUCUGAAUUACUCGAUCUGAGGGUAUCCCAAUUAGGGGAUAUUUUUCUUUUGAAAGUUUUCAUAGAUUUUGAUUGAGUUGUUGUUAUUUGGGGAUUUUUUUCAGGACUUCUUUAGGAAAUCAUGUUUCUAUUCGAUUGGUUUUAUGGGGUUUUAGCAUCUUUAGGUUUAUGGCAAAAAGAAGCUAAGAUCCUGUUUCUAGGUCUUGAUAAUGCUGGAAAAACUACUUUGCUCCAUAUGUUGAAAGAUGAGAGAUUGGUUCAACAUCAACCUACACAGUACCCGACUUCAGAGGAGUUGAGUAUUGGACAAAUCAAGUUCAAGGCUUUUGAUCUCGGUGGGCAUCAAAUUGCUCGUAGGGUUUGGAAAGAUUACUAUGCUAAGGUGGAUGCCGUGGUGUACCUAGUGGAUGCUUUUGACAAGGAGCGGUUUGCUGAAUCAAAGAAGGAAUUGGAUGCUCUACUAUCAGAUGAGUCCCUAGCUACCGUGCCAUUCCUGGUGUUGGGUAACAAGAUUGACAUCCCUUAUGCAGCCUCAGAGGAGGAGCUUUGUUAUCAUUUGGGACUGACCAACUUCACCAGUGGCAAGGGAAAGGUUAACCUAACAGACUCCAACGUCAGGCCAAUCGAGGUUUUCAUGUGUAGUAUCGUCCGCAAGAUGGGAUACGGUGAUGGCUUUAAAUGGGUCUCUCAGUACAUCAAGUAGGAGGGUGGUAUGGGCACAUGUAAGUGGUUGGAGAAAAUGGGUGUUUGUUUGAUUGAAUGCUGUUGGAUGACAAGAACAACCAAACAUUUUUAUGUCAUGAGAGUUUUUGCUAUGUAAUGUGAUUGUGUAAUGUUAAAAAACAGGUUCCCAGUGGAUUUCUUCAGGUUCUAAUUCUUCAUUUCAUUUCAUUUUAUUACUUA